AUGCCCCGCAUAGACGCCGUUAACGUGUUCUUGCGAAUGACUGGGUGCACCGAUAGUAAGAGAAUGCUUUACUUGACGUAUUUCGAAUUUUUCAUAACGUUUUAUUAUUUAAUCACGACGUGUGUGUCAAUUAUCCAUCACGAACAGAGCGUAUCCAUCAAACUGUUUACAUUGUUGUGCAUAUUGAUAGAAUGUGUAAUACUGCUGAACAUCACUUUUAGGAUCUAUCAUCAAAAUCAAUUCUGCGAAAUGGAGCAGUACUCGAAACGGUCGGGAAUACCGGACGACUAUCAAUCGAAAAUAAACAUAAUAACGAUGUACCAUCUGAUAGCGUCGAACAUGUUUGUAAUUUUCCCGGUCACCUAUGCGAUUCUCAGCGAUUCGGUACGCGUAGGAGAUCCCUUCACGUUUCCUUUCUUAGACGUGUUACCGAUAAAGACCGACAAUCUCGUAAUUUACGCGGGCAAAUACUUUGUAUACGCAAUAUCCGUGUACAUAGCACACGUCGAACUUUGUUUUAUAAACACGACGUUUAUAUAUUAUGUGGGCGUUUUGAAAAAUAGGUUAGAGGCUAUUGUACAAACGAUUCGAGAAGCUGUUGUCGACAACGAUGAACAAAAAAUGAAGUAUGCAGUCAUUCAACAUCAAAGGUUAUUAACAUAUUUUAAUAUAAUGAAGAAAGUAUUUACGAAACCAAUAUUACUAUCAAUGUCAUUCAAUGCUAUAUAUUUUGGCUUGACUACUUCUCUAGUGAUUCAAGCUAUUCGGGGUUAUAUUAAUCAAACAAUAUUAUCAAUAUGUAUAGCCAGCAGUAUAGCAGCUAUUAUAAAUAUUACAAUUUAUACUUUUUACGGAAGUGUGCUUUUGGAUUUACAUGAUGAAAUAUUACAUGUCCUUUUUGAUAAUUCAUAUUUUUAUCUUAACAAAUCGUUCAAAAGUUCUAUUUUAAUAAUGAUGACAAGAGCUACAAUACCAUUAACAUUUACAGUUGGUUACAUUUUUACCAUUAAUUUAAAUUUACUUCUAAAAAUAGUAAAGAUGUCAUAUACAGUGCUUAACGUGUUACUGUCAUCGGAAAUUAUAAAACCUCACAAGUUGUCAUAA